AUGGGAACAGUCCACGCCAAGAGCUUGGACCCUCUGCCCAUGCACGGCAGAGAGCUGGGGAUGAGCCCUGACGAGCUGAUGGAGCCUCCGGAGCCCGAGCACGAGUCCAAGCAGGAGAUCCUGGAGAACAAAGACGUCGUGGUGCAGCAUGUGAACGUGCAGGGCCUGGGACGCACCAAGGAAGACCUGCUGGGGUACGAGAUCUCCGACGUGUUCCAGGCCAAGAACCUCAUCGACUGGAAGAGGAGCCAGGGCCUGAUGAGGACCAGCAUCAGCAGCACCAGCCUGAUCAGCAGUGUGGACAGGAGCUGUGUGGACAGGAGCUGUGUGGACAGGAGCUGUGUGGACAGGAGCUGUGUGGACAGGAGCUGUGUGGACAGGAGCUGUGUGGACAGGAGCAGUGUGGACAGGAGCUGCGUGGACAGGAGCUGUGUGGACAGGAGCAGUGUGGACAGGAUGCAGUGUGGACAGGAGCUGUGUGGACAGGAGCUGUGUGGACAGGAGCUGUGUGGACAGGAGCAGUGUGGACAGGAGCUGUGUGGACAGGAGCAGUGUGGACAGGAGCUGUGUGGACAGGAGCUGUGUGGACAGGAGCAGUGUGGACAGGAGCUGCGUGGACAGGAGCUGCGUGGACAGGAGCUGCGUGGACAGGAGCUGCGUGGACAGGAGCUGUGUGGACAGGAGCUGUGUGGACAGGAGCAGUGUGGACAGGAGCAGUGUGGACAGGAGCAGUGUGGACAGGAGCAGUGUGGACAGGAGCUGUGUGGACAGGAGCUGUGUGGACAGGAGCAGUGUGGACAGGAGCUGUGUGGGGACAGCUGUGUGGACAGGAGCAGUGUGGAGCGUGGACAGGAGCAUGUGGGGGACAGGGAGCAGUGUGGACAGGAGCAGUGUGUGACGGAGCAGUGUGCGAGCUGUGUGGACAGGAGCUGUGUGGACAGCUGUGUGGACAGGAGCUGUGUGGACAGGAGCUGUGUGGACAGGAGCUGUGUGGACAGGAGCUGUGUGGACAGGAGCUGUGUGGACAGGAGCUGUGUGGACAGGAGCUGUGUGGACAGGAGCAGUGUGGACAGGAGCUGUGUGGACAGGAGCUGUGUGGACAGGAGCUGUGUGAUGAAGAGAGCGCACGUUGCUCGACAGAAGCUCCUCAGACUGGGAGUGUUCAAAGAUGUGGACGUCCUCAUCGACACGUCAGAAGGUUCAGAUGCGUUGCCCAAUGGUCUGGACGUGACGUUCGAGGUGACGGAGGUGAAGCGCGUCACCGGCAGCUACAACACCAUGGUCGGCAACAACGAGGGCAGCAUGGUCCUGGGUCUGAAGCUCCCGAACAUGUUUGGUCGAGCAGAGAAACUCACUUUCCAGUUUUCCUACGGCACGAAGGAGACGUCCUACGGUCUGUCCUUCUUCAAACCUCAGCCCGGGUUCUUUGAGCGCAACCUGACCCUGAACGCCUACAAAGUGACCGGACAGUUUCCCUGGAGCUCGUUAAAGGAGACUGACCGAGGCCUCUCUGCAGAGCUCAAUUUCCCUGUAGGGGGCAGCAGUCACUCUCUGAAGUGGGAGGGUGUGUGGAGAGAACUGGGCUGUUUGGCUCGGAGCGCAUCGUUCGCCGUCCGAGAGGAGAGCGGCCACUCACUGAAGUCUGCACUGUCGCACACCAUGUCCAUAGACUCUCGGAACUCGGCCAUCUUCCCGAGCAGAGGUGCCUUACUGCGGCUAAACCAGGAGCUGGCUGGAUACACAGGAGGAGACGCCAACUUCCUCAAAGAAGAUUUUGAAAUACAACUGAACAAAAGACUUUUCUGGGACUCGGUGUUGUCGUUGUCGUUCUGGGGCGGCAUGCUGUACCCGCUCGGAGGGCAGCCAUCUUGUAUCGCAGACAGAUUCUACCUGGGAGGUCCUACCAGUGUUCGCGGCUUCGGCAUGUACAGCGUGGGACCACAGAGCGAAGGAGACUUCCUGGGGGGCGAGGCAUACUGGGCGGGGGGGCUGCACCUGUACACCCCCCUCCCCUUCAGACCAGGACGAGGCGGCUUCGGAGACUUGUUCAGGACUCACUUCUUCCUCAACGCAGGCAACCUCUGCAACCUCAACUACGUUUAA